ACUAAAGUCAGUAAUUUUAUGUGGUAUGUUUUGUAUUUUCGAACUAAAUAUGAAUGGAAUCUUCUUCGGAGGAUAGUUUUUUGUGGUCAGAUGCUUCUAUUGAUACAUCUGAUAGAGAAGAAAUGGCAAAAGCUACAAAUAUAAAUCAAUCAGAUGUAGACUCUGAAUACGGACAGAGCUAUAAAAAGAAACUUCACAAAGAACUCUUUGUAAAUGGUGAACAUGAGACAGAAUCUAGGGAUCAACCAACAGAAAAGAGUAGGAAAAGAAAAAUUAAGACUGAGAAAACUGAAGAAACUGACAGUCCUAAGAAAAAAAAAAUUAAGGUCGAACCUGAAAGUGAUAUUGAAUUGAAAAAUAAUUCUAAGCACAGAUUAUCAGUAAACCAACAGCAUUUACCAGAUGAUGACUCAACUUAUGAUGAGAGCUAUUUGAAUCUACGAGUAAAACAAGAGCAAACAUUCACAAUUCCAUCAGCACAAAAAAAAAGAAAGAAAAACCACAAGAGUGAGUCUGUGGUAAAUUCUGAAAAUGAAAUUGAGUCAAACGCCGAAUAUAACAAUGUUAUUGCUGAAUCUAACUUUGAGACUAGUACUUUGAGUCACCAAGCAGAUUCUGAAGAUUAUGAAAGUAAAGCUAAAAAAAAGAAAAAAAAAUCAAGAAAUAAAAGUGAAUCCACUGAGCAAGAAACUAUCAUUGAAGAAAAAUUUACUGCUGAAGAGACUGUUGUAGAAACAAGACAACCAAUAAGUAGUAGUGAUUGCGAUGCUAAGAAAUCUUCAAAAGAAAAUUUAGACAAAAGAAAAAAAAAGAAACAUAUACAUAGCCACAGUGACUCUGAAGACAAUGAAGAAGGGUCGAAAAAUCGAACUGUUUCACGUCCAGAAGCUGUACGAGAUCAUGAUAUGCCAGAAAUUGUAAAUACGAAAACAUCUAGAACAAUAUCAGAGAGAAUUAGAUUUGAGGAAGAAGAAUCAGAUAUAGAUGUUAGAACACUCGAUAACCAAUCCAGAAAGUUGAGAAACUAUUUAAAAUCAAAUGUAAAUUUGAAGCCUGCUCUAGAUCAUUUGAAGGAGGAGGCACUUAUAACAUCAGAUGAUGAGAUAUUUCUUAUAAAAUGUCCCAGUAUAAUUGAUUUAGCUGCUUUCAAAGGUGUCAAAAUCAAUUUAGACAAAAAAUGUAAAAUAAAAAUUAAUAAUCAGACCUAUGAAUGUAAUUGGGACGAAGGAAAAAAUAAGAUAGCGAUUUUAUCUCGUAAUAAGAAUAAAACUGUAAUAAAAGGUUUACCUGUUAAUGGUAUGUUGUGUCUAAGAAAAAGAAUACCAAAAUUACAUAUACGAGAAGAGAAUUAUAUGAUAAAUAAUCAAAAUAAUUUUAUCCCAUUAUUAGAUACUAAAUGUAGACAUCCAUUGUUUGGUGCAAAUUACAAAAAAGCAAUUAAAAUACCUUUUUCUGUAGCUGAGAGAUUGAGGGAAGUUGAUCAACCACAAGAUAUUGAUAUUGUUGAUAUUGAAUCGGAAAAGACAAAAAAGAAAAAAAAGAAAAAGGAUAAGGAUAAGAUAAAAAUAGAAACAAGCUAUGUUGAAAAGGAUAAUGAACAAACUGAUACUGAAGAGCUACCUCCCAAAAAGAAAAGUAAGAAACAUAAACACACAAAAGAAACAGAAAACGUUAAAUCAAAGAAAACAAAACAAAAGAGACAUAAUUUAGACACUGCAGAAGCUUGGGAAUCUGAGAAAGCUAUAGAGGAGAGUCUCUUUAACUUUUAAGUCUGUUUAAAUAAAUAUUUGUACAUAUAUAUUUUUCAAA